GUAGCGGGAUUCGAAGGUGAACUUUGGUGUCACAUUGUAAAAAUUUCAUAUCAAAAUCCUUAGCAUAAUCAAUCAUUCAACUUCAAUUUAUUUUGUCCAUUCAAAUAAAUUUAUUCAACCGUCAAAAUAUUUACAAUUAUAUUUUUAUAUGAUUUUGUCAUUGCCAUCUCGAUCAUACUGUUAACUGUUCCAAGGAGGAUAAUAAACUGUUCUAAUACUCUGUUACAGAAUGUAGUAUCUGUUCCAUUUUUAAAUUAUUACUAUAGAAGUACUGUUUUGAUUUGAAUAAAUUAUUAUUAUACAAGCUUUACUAACUGAUCUUCACCUUCCAGUCUUAUGUUUUGUUAAGACUUUAUUAUGAGUUCAAAAUGUAAUUAUAUUUAGUAUACUGUUGAGUGUUUUUUGAAUGUGAUAAUUGAGUUUCUUAUCUAAAAUAUUUAAAAGUGAAUCUCAAUAUAGAACUAUCUUUUUGCAAAUAUUUCUGUAAUAGCCGGUCUUGAGCUGUUCUUGAAGAAUGAAGUGCAAGAAUAUUCCGGCUGAGUUCCAUCGUGAAAGAGUUGGCGUUGCAUCUAGUGCAGAUGCUCGAUUCACCCAUAACAAGAUCGAAGAAUGGAUUGAUAAUCUUGAUAUUCAUGCUUAUGGCAGGCUCUCUCUUGAAAUAGUAGAUGCUCCUCCAGUGCUCUAUUUGGAUUUUCUAUCAAUACUAAGCUUGAAGUUGAACUGGUUUGUCGCCGCUUCAACGGAACUUGCUAUUAUACCACACAACCAAGAAUAUCACCAUCUAUUUCACUUGACUAUUUCGUAUGGAUUGGUGAUUUAUACACUUUGACUGUUCUGUACUGUAUGGAAUUUGAGUAUUCAUAAGAAUGACUUGUCUUAUACUCCCUCCUGAAGUCUCCAAGACGAAAUCUUAAAAAAAAUCUAGUCUAUACACCAGGCUGCAUCAUAGAUUACUUCUGCUCAGACUUGGAUCACCAUGCUAUAAUAAGUCAAUUGAUAACAUCUCCGAUAUGUCAAUAAUCCUCAUUUUAUAGUAAACCCUUGAGAUUGAAGUGCUAGAUGAAUUACUUGAAAAGGUGACGGUCAACCCGAAUUUAUGUUUCUUGAAUUAUCUUUGUUCGGUUGUGAAUCACCCAGAAUUGUGCAUGGGUUUUUGCCAGAUCAAUGCGAAUGAAGUUUACCAUAAAAAUAUUUUAAGGGACGGUUUCCGAGCUCGGGAUUUAGCUAAGUUCUAGACUUUAAACAGCUGGAGUCAGAAAACUGGCUUUCCGAAACGGGGCCUCGUCGUAGUCCACGUUUAAAUUAA